AUGCCUUCACGGCGGUCAUUUCCAUUUUCAGUUCGGUCUGGAACGCCAAAGCGUGGCCCAAGCCUUCCCUCGGAAGAGGACUUUAGUAUCGAUGGCAUUCUGCGAGCCAUCGAGCCUGAAAUUCGAAAUACUUUGGACACGAUUGGCGAAAUAUGCGGCCGUAGCAAACUCAGUUUGGCCAACGAGUAUGGGAGUCAUAUUGCACCCUUGGGAGAGAUUCGGGCUCCCCCUGGCGGUCUCUUGACUGUCGAGGAAGCCAGCUCGGGCCAUGAAAGACAACCUGAUGAUGCUGUGAUAAUCUUUGACGAUGACAGUAACAGUGUCAUGGGCGUGCGGGAUUACACCACUGUGCCUCAAUAUCGUUAUUUAGAACAGACCGGACCAUCUACAAUCACGCCCUCUACAAUGGUGUAUCACUCAUUCGUGCCGUUCUCCGUCGCAGAGGGCUUGUCUGUCCUCGCGCACCCUGCCGAUCUUGAUGAAGAUACCUCAGACCCCGUUGCAGAUUCAUUGCCUGCGACUAGGGAAUUCAUGUCGAAGCCGAACUCAAACGGUCGGACAUUGCUCGGGAAGCAGAACGAACGCAUCACAGAGGACCAGCUUAAGAGUAUCCUGACACCUGCGCUUGUGGCAGAGAUCCUCCUCGAGGCACAAGCCAACGGACAUUCAUUGCACACCUUUCCUUCUGACUCUCGCCAAGGCCAGCUGUCCGCAGGGGAUAACGGUGAUACCACAGCAAGGGAUCGUGGACAGUCAGAUAAACCGUCUGUACUGACAGAUGUGCAAGCGCUGUUCAACUGGCUUAGGAAUGCUUCUCAAGACGGUCAACCUCAAUCCGCUGAAAAGCUGCUGCGUGCCAUGCUUGAGAGACAGAAUGAACAGCAUCCGUCAAGGAGCACAGGCUAG